AUGGAAGUCAUUAGUGUGAUCACAGCAUGUCAGGACACCUAUAGUUUUAACUGUAACAAGUCGUGUGAUGCCAGACACUGUCUUGGUAGUCAGGACUGUGACGUGUUUUAUGGAAACUGUACAGGUGGUUGUCAAGCUGGCUGGGCGUUACCUAACUGUACAACUGCAUGUAAAAGUGGUACAUUUGGACCCGGAUGCCAGUCAAAGUGUAGUGAGCGACACUGUAAAGGCGACAACUCGUCCUGUGAUUCUCAGAAUGGAACAUGUCAACAUGGCUGCCAGCCGGGAUGGAAGAGUCGAAGUUGUAACUUGGCAUGUGAUGAUGGAUCCUAUGGCGCUGGAUGUAAAUUCAGUUGUUCAAAAAGACAGUGCAAAGUGAGUACGACGAGCUGUAACAAGGUCAAUGGUUCCUGUGAAGGUCUGUGCCUGGACGGAUGGAUGGGAGUCGACUGUACAGGAUGUGAUGGGAAAUACGGCCCAGAUUGUUCAUUAUCGUGUGACGACAGACACUGUAAAGACAACAAUGCACCGUGUGAUCACAUGACCGGAUCUUGUGAAGGAAAAUGUCUGCCUGGUUGGCAAGGUGCUACAUGUACUGACAAUUGUAGUAAUACGACCUAUGGCGAUAACUGUGCAAUGCUGUGUUUAGACAGACACUGUAGUAACACAGCAUCUUGUCACCAUGAGACUGGUCAGUGUGUUGGUGGAUGUGUAUCAGGAUGGCAAGGAACAACCUGCUCGAAAGUAGAGUCUGCAGCAUCAACUGAUUUCCCAGUUGGAUCUGCAGUUGGUGGCAUUGUUGCUGCAUUGGUUAUCAUAGCUGUGGUCAUCGUUAUCAUCGUAUUUGUCAGGAGACGAAAACUGACAACAAAAGACCACACUGAGCAUAGACCUGUUCUCGAAAAGACGGAAAACACUCUAGGUAAACGGUCGACUGUGUUCAGCGGCCAGUUGUGUUCAGCGGCCACCUGUGUUCAGUGGCUACCUGUGUUCAGCGGCCAACUGUUCAUGGCGGCCACUUGCAUUCCUCCCGAACCAUUUUAA